AUGUCCCCGGGAUACACAGGGGGAGCGAGGGGGGAAGUGCGGGGGGAGGAGGGGGGAGCUAAGUCACGCAACCUCAGGGAGAACAUAGCAGAUUGGUCCCUCCCAUCAGGCUCUGUAGACUUCCAUGUAAACGACCGUAGGAAGGUGCGGCAAGCCAGCGACUCCUUCCGCAGCUUGCGUGAACGCGACGCUGUUUCCCUAUCUGCCCUGAUGGCCAAUACUGAACCCACAAUUACAGCCAACGCCAGACUUCCGCCGGCAAGUAAUCAUAAAAUUCCCGUCCAACUCUGGUCUCUCUCGGGUGGGGGGGGGGGGGGGGGGGGGGGGGGGGGGGGGGGGGGGGGGGGGGGGGGGGGGGGGGGGGGGGGGGGGGGGGGGGGGGGGGGGGGGGGGGGGGGGGGGGGGGGGGGGGGGGGGGGGGGGGGGGGGGGGGGGGGGGGGGGGGGGGGGGGGGGGGGGGGGGGGGGGGGGGGGGGGGGGGGGGGGGGGGGGGGGGGGGGGGGGGGGGGGGGGGGGGGGGGGGGGGGGGGGGGGGGGGGGGGGGGGGGGGGGGGGGGGGGGGGGGGGGGGGGGGGGGGGGGGGGGGGGGGGGGGGGGGGGGGGGGGGGGGGGGGGGGGGGGGGGGGGGGGGGGGGGGGGGGGGGGGGGGGGGGGGGGGGGGGGGGGGGGGGGGGGGGGGGGGGGGGGGGGGGGGGGGGGGGGGGGGGGGGGGGGGGGGGGGGGGGGGGGGGGGGGGGGGGGGGGGGGGGGGGGGGGGGGGGGGGGGGGGGGGGGGGGGGGGGGGGGGGGGGGGGGGGGGGGGGGGGGGGGGGGGGGGGGGGGGGGGGGGGGGGGGGGGGGGGGGGGGGGGGGGUGGGGGGGGGGGGGGGGGGGGGGGGGGGGGGGGGGGGGGGGGGGGGGGGGGGGGGGGGGGGGGGGGGGGGGGGGGGGGGGGGGGGGGGGGGGGGGGGGGGGGGGGGGGGGGGGGGGGGGGGGGGGGGGGGGGGGGGGGGGGGGGGGGGGGGGGGGGGGGGGGGGGGGGGGGGGGGGGGGGGGGGGGGGGGGGGGGGGGGGGGGGGGGGGGGGGGGGGGGGGGGGGGGGGGGGGGGGGGGGGGGGGGGGGGGGGGGGGGGGGGGGGGGGGGGGGGGGGGGGGGGGGGGGGGGGGGGGGGGGGGGGGGGGGGGGGGGGGGGGGGGGGGGGGGGGGGGGGGGGGGGGGGGGGGGGGGGGGGGGGGGGGGGGGGGGGGGGGGGGGGGGGGGGGGGGGGGGGGGGGGGGGGGGGGGGGGGGGGGGGGGGGGGGGGGGGGGGGGGGGGGGGGGGGGGGGGGGGGGGGGGGGGGGGGGGGGGGGGGGGGGGGGGGGGGGGGGGGGGGGGGGGGGGGGGGGGGGGGGGGGGGGGGGGGGGGGGGGGGGGGGGGGGGGGGGGGGGGGGGGGGGGGGGGGGGGGGGGGGGGGGGGGGGGGGGGGGGGGGGGGGGGGGGGGGGGGGGGGGGGGGGGGGGGGGGGGGGGGGGGGGGGGGGGGGGGGGGGGGGGGGGGGGGGGGGGGGGGGGGGGGGGGGGGGGGGGGGGGGGGGGGGGGGGGGGGGGGGGGGGGGGGGGGGGGGGGGGGGGGGGGGGGGGGGGGGGGGGGGGGGGGGGGGGGGGGGGGGGGGGGGGGGGGGGGGGGGGGGGGGGGGGGGGGGGGGGGGGGGGGGGGGGGGGGGGGGGGGGGGGGGGGGGGGGGGGGGGGGGGGGGGGGGGGGGGGGGGGGGGGGGGGGGGGGGGGGGGGGGGGGGGGGGGGGGGGGGGGGGGUGGUGGGGGGGUGGGGGGGGGGGGGGGGGGGGGGGGGGGGGGGGGGGGGGGGGGGGGGGGGGGGGGGGGGGGUGGGGGGGGGGGGGGGGGGGGGGGGGGGGGGGGGGGGGGGGGGGGGGGGGGGGGGGGGGGGGGGGGGGGGGGGGGGGGGGGGGGGGGGGGGGGGGGGGGGGGGGGGGGGGGGGGGGGGGGGGGGGGGGGGGGGGGGGGGGGGGGGGGGGGGGGGGGGGGGGGGGGGGGGGGGGGGGAGGGGGGGGGGGGGGGGGGGGGGGGGGGGGGGGGGGGGGGGGGGGGGGGGGGGGGGGGGGGGGGGUGGGGGGGGGGGGGGGGGGGGGGGGGGGGGGGGGGGGGGGGGGGGGGGGGGGGGGGGGGGGGGGGGGGGGGGGGGGGGGGGGGGGGGGGGGGGGGGGGGGGGGGGGGGGGGGGGGGGGGGGGGGGGGGGGGGGGGGGGGGGGGGGGGGGGGGGGGGGGGGGGGGGGGGGGGGGGGGGGGGGGGGGGGGGGGGGGGGGGGGGGGGGGGGGGGGGGGGGGGGGGGGGGGGGGGGGGGGGGGGGGGGGGGGGGGGGGGGGGGGGGGGGGGGGGGGGGGGGGGGGGGGGGGGGGGGGGGGGGGGGGGGGGGGGGGGGGGGGGGGGGGGGGGGGGGGGGGGGGGGGGGGGGGGGGGGGGGGGGGGGGGGGGGGGGGGGGGGGGGGGGGGGGGGGGGGGGGGGGGGGGGGGGGGGGGGGGGGGGGGGGGGGGGGGGGGGGGGGGGGGGGGGGGGGGGGGGGGGGGGGGGGGGGGGGGGGGGGGGGGGGGGGGGGGGGGGGGGGGGGGGGGGGGGGGGGGGGGGGGGGGGGGGGGGGGGGGGGGGGGGGGGGGGGGGGGGGGGGGGGGGGGGGGGGGGGGGGGGGGGGGGGGGGGGGGGGGGGGGGGGGGGGGGGGGGGGUGGGGGGGGGGGGGGGGGGGGGGGGGGGGGGGGGGGGGGGGGGGGGGGGGGGGGGGGGGGGGGGGGGGGGGGGGGGGGGGGGGGGGGGGGGGGGGGGGGGGGGGGGGGGGGGGGGGGGGGGGGGGGGGGGGGGGGGGGGGGGGGGGGGGGGGGGGGGGGGGGGGGGGGGGGGGGGGGGGGGGGGGGGGGGGGGGGGGGGGGGGGGGGGGGGGGGGGGGGGGGGGGGGGGGGUGGGGGGGGGGGGGGGGGGGGGGGGGGGGGGGGGGGGGGGGGGGGGGGGGGGGGGGGGGGGGGGGGGGGGGGGGGGGGGGGGGGGGGGGGGGGGGGGGGGGGGGGGGGGGGGGGGGGGGGGGGGGGGGGGGGGGGGGGGGGGGGGGGGGGGGGGGGGGGGGGGGGGGGGGGGGGGGGGGGGGGGGGGGGGGGGGGGGGGGGGGGGGGGGGGGGGGGGGGGGGGGGGGGGGGGGGGGGGGGGGGGGGGGGGGGGGGGGGGGGGGGGGGGGGGGGGGGGGGGGGGGGGGGGGGGGGGGGGGGGGGGGGGGGGGGGGGGGGGGGGGGGGGGGGGGGGGGGGGGGGGGGGGGGGGGGGGGGGGGGGGGGGGGGGGGGGGGGGGGGGGGGGGGGGGGGGGGGGGGGGGGGGAGGGGGGGGGGGGGGGGGGGGGGGGGGGGGGGGGGGGGGGGGGGGGGGGGGGGGGGGGGGGGGGGGGGGGGGGGGGGGGGGGGGGGGGGGGGGGGGGGGGGGGGGGGGGGGGGGGGGGGGGGGGGGGGGGGGGGGGGGGGGGGGGGGGGGGGGGGGGGGGGGGGGGGGGGGGGGGGGGGGGGGGGGGGGGGGGGGGGGGGGGGGGGGGGGGGGGGGGGGGGGGGGGGGGGGGGGGGGGGGGGGGGGGGGGGGGGGGGGGGGGGGGGGGGGGGGGGGGGGGGGGGGGGGGGGGGGGGGGGGGGGGGGGGGGGGGGGGGGGGGGGGGGGGGGGGGGGGGGGGGGGGGGGGGGGGGGGGGGGGGGGGGGGGGGGGGGGGGGGGGGGGGGGGGGGGGGGGGGGGGGGGGGGGGGGGGGGGGGGGGGGGGGGGGGGGGGGGGGGGGGGGGGGGGGGGGGGGGGGGGGGGGGGGGGGGGGGGGGGGGGGGGGGGGGGGGGGGGGGGGGGGGGGGGGGGGGAGGGGGGGGGGGGGGGGGGGGGGGGGGGGGGGGGGGGGGGGGGGGGGGGGGGGGGGGGGGGGGGGGGGGGGGGGGGGGGGGGGGGGGGAGUGGGGGGGGGGGGGGGGGGGGGGGGGGGGGGGGGGGAGGGGGGGGGGGGGGGGGGGGGGGGGGGGGGGGGGGGGGGGGGGGGGGGGGGGGGGGGGGGGGGGGGGGGGGGGGGGGGGGGGGGGGGGGGGGGGGGGGGGGGGGGGGGGGGGGGGGGGGGGGGGGGGGGGGGGGGGGGGGGGGGGGGGGGGGGGGGGGGGGGGGGGGGGGGGGGGGGGGGGGGGGGGGGGGGGGGGGGGGGGGGGGGGGGGGGGGGGGGGGGGGGGGGGGGGGGGGGGGGGGGGGGGGGGGGGGGGGGGGGGGGGGGGGGGGGGGGGGGGGGGGGGGGGGGGGGGGGGGGGGGGGGGGGGUGGGGGGGGGGGGGGGGGGGGGGGGGGGGGGGGGGGGGGGGGGGGGGGGGGGGGGGGGGGGGGGGGGGGGGGGGGGGGGGGGGGGGGGGGGGGGGGGGGGGGGGGGGGGGGGGGGGGGGGGGGGGGGGGGGGGGGGGGGGGGGGGGGGGGGGGGGGGGGGGGGGGGGGGGGGGGGGGGGGGGGGGGGGGGGGGGGGGGGGGGGGGGGGGGGGGGGGGGGGGGGGGGGGGGGGGGGGGGGGGGGGGGGGGGGGGGGGGGGGGGGGGGGGGGGGGGGGGGGGGGGGGGGGGGGGGGGGGGGGGGGGGGGGGGGGGGGGGGGGGGGGGGGGGGGGGGGGGGGGGGGGGGGGGGGGGGGGGGGGGGGGGGGGGGGGGGGGGGGGGGGGGGGGGGGGGGGGGGGGGGGGGGGGGGGGGGGGGGGGGGGGGGGGGGGGGGGGGGGGGGGGGGGGGGGGGGGGGGGGGAGGGGGGGGGGGGGGGGGGGGGGGGGGGGGGGGGGGGGGGGGGGGGGGGGGGGGGGGGGGGGGGGGGGGGGGGGGGGGGGGGGGGGGGGGGGGGGGGGGGGGGGGGGGGGGGGGGGGGGGGGGGGGGGGGGGGGGGGGAGGGGGGGGGGGGGGGGGGGGGGGGGGGGGGGGGGGGGGGGGGGGGGGGGGGGGGGGGGGGGGGGGGGGGGGGGGGGGGGGGGGGGGGGGGGGGGGGGGGGGGGGGGGGGGGGGGGGGGGGGGGGGGGGGGGGGGGGGGGGGGGGGGGGGGGGGGGGGGGGGGGGGGGGGGGGGGGGGGGGGGGGGGGGGGGGGGGGGGGGGGGGGGGGGGGGGGGGGGGGGGGGGGGGGGGGGGGGGGGGGGGGGGGGGGGGGGGGGGGGGGGGGGGGGGGGGGGGGGGGGGGGGGGGGGGGGGGGGGGGGGGGGGGGGGGGGGGGGGGGGGGGGGGGGGGGGGGGGGGGGGGGGGGGGGGGGGGGGGGGGGGGGGGGGGGGGGGGGGGGGGGGGGGGGGGGGGGGGGGGGGGGGGGGGGGGGGGGGGGGGGGGGGGGGGGGGGGGGGGGGGGGGGGGGGGGGGGGGGGGGGGGGGGGGGGGGGGGGGGGGUGGUUGGGGGGGUGUGUGUUGUGGUGGGGGGGGGGGGGGGGGGGGGGGGGGGGGGGGGGGGGGGGGGGGGGGGGGGGGGGGGGGGGGGGGGGGGGGGGGGGGGGGGGGGGGGGGGGGGGGGGGGGGGGGGGGGGGGGGGGGGGGGGGGGGGGGGGGGGGGGGGGGGGGGGGGGGGGGGGGGGGGGGGGGGGGGGGGGGGGGGGGGGGGGGGGGGGGGGGGGGGGGGGGGGGGGGGGGGGGGGGGGGGGGGGGGGGGGGGGGGGGGGGGGGGGGGGGGGGGGGGGGGGGGGGGGGGGGGGGGGGGGGGGGGGGGGGGGGGGGGGGGGGGGGGGGGGGGGGGGGGGGGGGGGGGGGGGGGGGGGGGGGGGGGGGGGGGGGGGGGGGGGGGGGGGGGGGGGGGGGGGGGGGGGGGGGGGGGGGGGGGGGGGGGGGGGGGGGGGGGGGGGGGGGGGGGGGGGGGGGGGGGGGGGGGGGGGGGGGGGGGGGGGGGGGGGGGGGGGGGGGGGGGGGGGGGGGGGGGGGGGGGGGGGGGGGGGGGGGGGGGGGGGGGGGGGGGGGGGGGGGGGGGGGGGGGGGGGGGGGGGGGGGGGGGGGGGGGGGGGGGGGGGGGGGGGGGGGGGGGGGGGGGGGGGGGGGGGGGGGGGGGGGGGGGGGGGGGGGGGGGGGGGGGGGGGGGGGGGGGGGGGGGGGGGGGGGGGGGGGGGGGGGGGGGGGGGGGGGGGGGGGGGGGGGGGGGGGGGGGGGGGGGGGGGGGGGGGGGGGGGGGGGGGGGGGGGGGGGGGGGGGGGGGGGGGGGGGGGGGGGGGGGGGGGGGGGGGGGGGGGGGGGGGGGGGGGGGGGGGGGGGGGGGGGGGGGGGGGGGGGGGGGGGGGGGGGGGGGGGGGGGGGGGGGGGGGGGGGGGGGGGGGGGGGGGGGGGGGGGGGGGGGGGGGGGGGGGGGGGGGGGGGGGGGGGGGGGGGGGGGGGGGGGGGGGGGGGGGGGGGGGGGGGGGGGGGGGGGGGGGGGGGGGGGGGGGGGGGGGGGGGGGGGGGGGGGGGGGGGGGGGGGGGGGGGGGGGGGGGGGGGGGGGGGGGGGGGGGGGGGGGGGGGGGGGGGGGGGGGGGGGGGGGGGGGGGGGGGGGGGGGGGGGGGGGGGGGGGGGGGGGGGGUGGGGGGGGGGGGGGGGGGGGGGGGGGGGGGGGGGGGGGGGGGGGGGGGGGGGGGGGGGGGGGGGGGGGGGGGGGGGGGGGGGGGGGGGGGGGGGGGGGGGGGGGGGGGGGGGGGGGGGGGGGGGGGGGGGGGGGGGGGGGGGGGGGGGGGGGGGGGGGGGGGGGGGGGUGGGGGGGGGGGGGGGGGGGGGGGAGGGGGGGGGGGGGGGGGGGGGGGGGGGGGGGGGGGGGGGGGGGGGGGGGGGGGGGGGGGGGGGGGGGGGGGGGGGGGGGGGGGGGGGGGGUGGGGGGGGGGGGGGGGGGGGGGGGGGGGGGGGGGGGGGGGGGGGGGGGGGGGGGGGGGGGGGGGGGGGGGGGGGGGGGGGGGGGGGGGGGGGGGGGGGGGGGGGGGGGGGGGGGGGGGGGGGGGGGGGGGGGGGGGGGGGGGGGGGGGGGGGGGGGGGGGGGGGGGGGGGGGGGGGGGGGGGGGGGGGGGGGGGGGGGGGGGGGGGGGGGGGGGGGGGGGGGGGGGGGGGGGGGGGGGGGGGGGGGGGGGGGGGGGGGGGGGGGGGGGGGGGGGGGGGGGGGGGGGGGGGGGGGGGGGGGGGGGGGGGGGGGGGGGGGGGGGGGGGGGGGGGGGGGGGGGGGGGGGGGGGGGGGGGGGGGGGGGGGGGGGGGGGGGGGGGGGGGGGGGGGGGGGGGGGGGGGGGGGGGGGGGGGGGGGGGGGGGGGUGGGGGGGGGGGGGGGGGGGGGGGGGGGGGGGGGGGGGGGGGGGGGGGGGGGGGGGGGGGGGGGGGGGGGGGGGGGGGGGGGGGGGGGGGGGGGGGGGGGGGGGGGGGGGGGGGGGGGGGGGGGGGGGGGGGGGGGGGGGGGGGGGGGGGGGGGGGGGGGGGGGGGGGGGGGGGGGGGGGGGGGGGGGGGGGGGGGGGGGGGGGGGGGGGGGGGGGGGGGGGGGGGGGGGGGGGGGGGGGGGGGGGGGGGGGGGGGGGGGGGGGGGGGGGGGGGGGGGGGGGGGGGGGGGGGGGGGGGGGGGGGGGGGGGGGGGGGGGGGGGGGGGGGGGGGGGGGUGGGGGGGGGGGGGGGGGGGGGGGGGGGGGGGGGGGGGGGGGGGGGGGGGGGGGGGGGGGGGGGGGGGGGGGGGGGGGGGGGGGGGGGGGGGGGGGGGGGGGGGGGGGGGGGGGGGGGGGGGGGGGGGGGGGGGGGGGGGGGGGGGGGGGGGGGGGGGGGGGGGGGGGGGGGGGGGGGGGGGGGGGGGGGGGGGGGGGGGGGGGGGGGGGGGGGGGGGGGGGGGGGGGGGGGGGGGGGGGGGGGGGGGGGGGGGGGGGGGGGGGGGGGGGGGGGGGGGGGGGGGGGGGGGGGGGGGGGGGGGGGGGGGGGGGGGGGGGGGGGGGGGGGGGGGGGGGGGGGGGGGGGGGGGGGGGGGGGGGGGGGGGGGGGGGGGGGGGGGGGGGGGGGGGGGGGGGGGGGGGGGGGGGGGGGGGGGGGGGGGGGGGGGGGGGGGGGGGGGGGGGGGGGGGGGGGGGAUGGGGGGGGGGGGGGGGGGGGGGGGGGGGGGGGGGGGGGGGGGGGGGGGGGGGGGGGGGGGGGGGGGGGGGGGGGGGGGGGGGGGGGGGGGGGGGGGGGGGGGGGGGGGGGGGGGGGGGGGGGGGGGGGGGGGGGGGGGGGGGGGGGGGGGGGGGGGGGGGGGGGGGGGGGGGGGGGGGGGGGGGGGGGGGGGGGGGGGGGGGGGGGGGGGGGGGGGGGGGGGGGGGGGGGGGGGGGGGGGGGGGGGGGGGGGGGGGGGGGGGGGGGGGGGGGGGGGGGGGGGGGGGGGGGGGGGGGGGGGGGGGGGGGGGGGGGGGGGGGGGGGGGGGGGGGGGGGGGGGGGGGGGGGGGGGGGGGGGGGGGGGGGGGGGGGGGGGGGGGGGGGGGGGGGGGGGGGGGGGGGGGGGGGGGGGGGGGGGGGGGGGGGGGGGGGGGGGGGGGGGGGGGGGGGGGGGGGGGGGGGGGGGGGGGGGGGGGGGGGGGGGGGGGGGGGGGGGGGGGGGGGGGGGGGGGGGGGGGGGGGGGGGGGGGGGGGGGGGGGGGGGGGGGGGGGGGGGGGGGGGGGGGGGGGGGGGGGGGGGGGGGGGGGGGGGGGGGGGGGGGGGGGGGGGGGGGGGGGGGGGGGGGGGGGGGGGGGGGGGGGGGGGGGGGGGGGGGGGGGGGGGGGGGGGGGGGGGGGGGGGGGGGGGGGGGGGGGGGGGGGGGGGGGGGGGGGGGGGGGGGGGGGGGGGGGGGGGGGGGGGGGGGGGGGGGGGGGGGGGGGGGGGGGGGGGGGGGGGGGGGGGGGGGGGGGGGGGGGGGGGGGGGGGGGGGGGGGGGGGGGGGGGGGGGGGGGGGGGGGGGGGGGGGGGGGGGGGGGGGGGGGGGGGGGGGGGGGGGGGGGGGGGGGGGGGGGGGGGGGGGGGGGGGGGGGGGGGGGGGGGGGGGGGGGGGGGGGGGGGGGGGGGGGGGGGGGGGGGGGGGGGGGGGGGGGGGGGGGGGGGGGGGGGGGGGGGGGGGGGGGGGGGGGGGGGGGGGGGGGGGGGGGGGGGGGGGGGGGGGGGGGGGGGGGGGGGGGGGGGGGGGGGGGGGGGGGGGGGGGGGGGGGGGGGGGGGGGGGGGGGGGGGGGGGGGGGGGGGUGGGGGGGGGGGGGGGGGGGGGGGGGGGGGGGGGGGGGGGGGGGGGGGGGGGGGGGGGGGGGGGGGGGGGGGGGGGGGGGGGGGGGGGGGGGGGGGGGGGGGGGGGGGGGGGGGGGGGGGGGGGGGGGGGGGGGGGGGGGGGGGGGGGGGGGGGGGAGGGGGGGGGGGGGGGGGGGGGGGGGGGGGGGGGGGGGGGGGGGGGGGGGGGGGGGGGGGGGGGGGGGGGGGGGGGGGGGGGGGGGGGGGGGGGGGGGGGGGGGGGGGGGGGGGGGGGGGGGGGGGGGGGGGGGGGGGGGGGGGGGGGGGGGGGGGGGGGGGGGGGGGGGGGGGGGGGGGGGGGGGGGGGGGGGGGGGGGGGGGGGGGGGGGGGGGGGGGGGGGUGGGGGGGGGGGGGGGGGGGGGGGGGGGGGGGGGGGGGGGGGGGGGGGGGGGGGGGGGGGGGGGGGGGGGGGGGGGGGGGGGGGGGGGGGGGGGGGGGGGGGGGGGGGGGGGGGGGGGGGGGGGGGGGGGGGGGGGGGGGGGGGGGGGGGGGGGGGGGGGGGGGGGGGGGGGGGGGGGGGGGGGGGGGGGGGGGGGGGGGGGGGGGGGGGGGGGGGGGGGGGGGGGGGGGGGGGGGGGGGGGGGGGGGGGGGGGGGGGGGGGGGGGGGGGGGGGGGGGGGGGGGGGGGGGGGGGGGGGGGGGGGGGGGGGGGGGGGGGGGGGGGGGGGGGGGGGGGGGGGGGGGGGGGGGGGGGGGGGGGGGGGGGGGGGGGGGGGGGGGGGGGGGGGGGGGGGGGGGGGGGGGGGGGGGGGGGGGGGGGGAGGGGGGGGGGGGGGGGGGGGGGGGGGGGGGGGGGGGGGGGGGGGGGGGGGGGGGGGGGGGGGGGGGGGGGGGGGGGGGGGGGGGGGGGGGGGGGGGGGGGGGGGGGGGGGGGGGGGGGGGGGGGGGGGGGGGGGGGGGGGGGGGGGGGGGGGGGGGGGGGGGGGGGGGGGGGGGGGGGGGGGGGGAGGGGGGGGGGGGGGGGGGGGGGGGGGGGGGGGGGGGGGGGGGGGGGGGGGGGGGGGGGGGGGGGGGGGGGGGGGGGGGGGGGGGGGGGGGGGGGGGGGGGGGGGGGGGGGGGGGGGGGGGGGGGGGGGGGGGGGGGGGGGGGGGGGGGGGGGGGGGGGGGGGGGGGGGGGGGGGGGGGGGGGGGGGGGGGGGGGGGGGGGGGGGGGGGGGGGGGGGGGGGGGGGGGGGGGGUGGGGGGGGGGGGGGGGGGGGGGGGGGGGGGGGGGGGGGGGGGGGGGGGGGGGGGGGGGGGGGGGGGGGGGGGGGGGGGGGGGGGGGGGGGGGGGGGGGGGGGGGGGGGGGGGGGGGGGGGGGGGGGGGGGGGGGGGGGGGGGGGGGGGGGGGGGGGGGGGGGGGGGGGGGGGGGGGGGGGGGGGGGGGGGGGGGGGGGGGGGGGGGGGGGGGGGGGGGGGGGGGGGGGGGGGGGGGGGGGGGGGGGGGGGGGGGGGGGGGGGGGGGGGGGGGGGGGGGGGGGGGGGGGGGGGGGGGGGGGGGGGGGGGGGGGGGGGGGGGGGGGGGGGGGGGGGGGGGGGGGGGGGGGGGGGGGGGGGGGGGGGGGGGGGGGGGGGGGGGGGGGGGGGGGGGGGGGGGGGGGGGGGGGGGGGGGGGGGGGGGGGGGGGGGGGGGGGGGGGGGGGGGGGGGGGGGGGGGGGGGGGGGGGGGGGGGGGGGGGGGGGGGGGGGGGGGGGGGGGGGGGGGGGGGGGGGGGGGGGGGGGGGGGGGGGGGGGGGGGGGGGGGGGGGGGGGGGGGGGGGGGGGGGGGGGGGGGGGGGGGGGGGGGGGGGGGGGGGGGGGGGGGGGGGGGGGGGGGGGGGGGGGGGGGGGGGGGGGGGGGGGGGGGGGGGGGGGGGGGGGGGGGGGGGGGGGGGGGGGGGGGGGGGGGGGGGGGGGGGGGGGGGGGGGGGGGGGGGGGGGGGGGGGGGGGGGGGGGGGGGGGGGGGGGGGGGGGGGGGGGGGGGGGGGGGGGGGGGGGGGGGGGGGGGGGGGGGGGGGGGGGGUGGGGGGGGGGGGGGGGGGGGGGGGGGGGGGGGGGGGGGGGGGGGGGGGGGGGGGGGGGGGGGGGGGGGGGGGGGGGGGGGGGGGGGGGGGGGGGGGGGGGGGGGGGGGGGGGGGGAGGGGGGGGGGGGGGGGGGGGGGGGGGGGGGGGGGGGGGGGGGGGGGGGGGGGGGGGGGGGGGGGGGGGGGGGGGGGGGGGGGGGGGGGGGGGGGGGGGGGGGGGGGGGGGGGGGGGGGGGGGGGGGGGGGGGGGGGGGGGGGGGGGGGGGGGGGGGGGGGGGGGGGGGGGGGGGGGGGGGGGGGGGGGGGGGGGGGGGGGGGGGGGGGGGGGGGGGGGGGGGGGGGGGGGGGGGGGGGGGGGGGGGGGGGGGGGGGGGGGGGGGGGGGGGGGGGGGGGGGGGGGGGGGGGGGGGGGGGGGGGGGGGGGGGGGGGGGGGGGGGGGGGGGGGGGGGGGGGGGGGGGGGGGGGGGGGGGGGGGGGGGGGGGGGGGGGGGGGGGGGGGGGGGGGGGGGGGGGGGGGGGGGGGGGGGGGGGGGGGGGGGGGGGGGGGGGGGGGGGGGGGGGGGGGGGGGGGGGGGGGGGGGGGGGGGGGGGGGGGGGGGGGGGGGGGGGGGGGGGGGGGGGGGGGGGGGGGGGGGGGGGGGGGGGGGGGGGGGGGGGGGGGGGGGGGGGGGGGGGGGGGGGGGGGGGGGGGGGGGGGGGGGGGGGGGGGGGGGGGGGGGGGGGGGGGGGGGGGGGGGGGGGGGGGGGGGGGGGGGGGGGGGGGGGGGGGGGGGGGGGGGGGGGGGGGGGGGGGGGGGGGGGUGGGGGGGGGGGGGGGGGGGGGGGGGGGGGGGGGGGGGGGGGGGGGGGGGGGGGGGGGGGGGGGGGGGGGGGGGGGGGGGGGGGGGGGGGGGGGGGGGGGGGGGGGGGGGGGGGGGGGGGGGGGGGGGGGGGGGGGGGGGGGGGGGGGGGGGGGGGGGGGGGGGGGGGGGGGGGGGGGGGGGGGGGGGGGGGGGGGGGGGGGGGGGGGGGGGGGGGGGGGGGGGGGGGGGGGGGGGGGGGGGGGGGGGGGGGGGGGGGGGGGGGGGGGGGGGGGGGGGGGGGGGGGGGGGGGGGGGGGGGGGGGGGGGGGGGGGGGGGGGGGGGGGGGGGGGGGGGGGGGGGGGGGGGGGGGGGGGGGGGGGGGGGGGGGGGGGGGGGGGGGGGGGGGGGGGGGGGGGGGGGGGGGGGGGGGGGGGGGGGGGGGGGGGGGGGGGGGGGGGGGGGGGGGGGGGGGGGGGGGGGGGGGGGGGGGGGGGGGGGGGGGGGGGGGGGGGGGGGGGGGGUGGGGGGGGGGGGGGGGGGGGGGGGGGGGGGGGGGGGGGGGGGGGGGGGGGGGGGGGGGGGGGGGGGGGGGGGGGGGGGGGGGGGGGGGGGGGGGGGGGGGGGGGGGGGGGGGGGGGGGGGGGGGGGGGGGGGGGGGGGGGGGGGGGGGGGGGGGGGGGGGGGGGGGGGGGGGGGGGGGGGGGGGGGGGGGGGGGGGGGGGGGGGGGGGGGGGGGGGGGGGGGGGGGGGGGGGGGGGGGGGGGGGGGGGGGGGGGGGGGGGGGGGGGGGGGGGGGGGGGGGGGGGGGGGGGGGGGGGGGGGGGGGGGGGGGGGGGGGGGGGGGGGGGGGGGGGGGGGGGGGGGGGGGGGGGGGGGGGGGGGGGGGGGGGGGGGGGGGGGGGGGGGGGGGGGGGGGGGGGGGGGGGGGGGGGGGGGGGGGGGGGGGGGGGGGGGGGGGGGGGGGGGGGGGGGGGGGGGGGGGGGGGGGGGGGGGGGGGGGGGGGGGGGGGGGGGGGGGGGGGGGGGGGGGGGGGGGGGGGGGGGGGGGGGGGGGGGGGGGGGGGGGGGGGGGGGGGGGGGGGGGGGGGGGGGGGGGGGGGGGGGGGGGGGGGGGGGGGGUGGGGGGGGGGGGGGGGGGGGGGGGGGGGGGGGGGGGGGGGGGGGGGGGGGGGGGGGGGGGGGGGGGGGGGGGGGGGGGGGGGGGGGGGGGGGGGGGGGGGGGGGGGGGGGGGGGGGGGGGGGGGGGGGGGGGGGGGGGGGGGGGGGGGGGGGGGGGGGGGGGGGGGGGGGGGGGGGGGGGGGGGGGGGGGGGGGGGGGGGGGGGGGGGGGGGGGGGGGGGGGGGGGGGGGGGGGGGGGGGGGGGGGGGGGGGGGGGGGGGGGGGGGGGGGGGGGGGGGGGGGGGGGGGGGGGGGGGGGGGGGGGGGGGGGGGGGGGGGGGGGGGGGGGGGGGGGGGGGGGGGGGGGGGGGGGGGGGGGGGGGGGGGGGGGGGGGGGGGGGGGGGGGGGGGGGGGGGGGGGGGGGGGGGGGGGGGGGGGGGGGGGGGGGGGGGGGGGGGGGGGGGGGGGGGGGGGGGGGGGGGGGGGGGGGGGGGGGGGGGGGGGGGGGGGGGGGGGGGGGGGGGGGGGGGGGGGGGGGGGGGGGGGGGGGGGGGGGGGGGGGGGGGGGGGGGGGGGGGGGGGGGGGGGGGGGGGGGGGGGGGGGGGGGGGGGGGGGGGGGGGGGGGGGGGGGGGGGGGGGGGGGGGGGGGGGGGGGGGGGGGGGGGGGGGGGGGGGGGGGGGGGGGGGGGGGGGGGGGGGGGGGGGGGGGGGGGGGGGGGGGGGGGGGGGGGGGGGGGGGGGGGGGGGGGGGGGGGGGGGGGGGGGGGGGGGGGGGGGGGGGGGGGGGGGGGGGGGGGGGGGGGGGGGGGGGGGGGGGGGGGGGGGGGGGGGGGGGGGGGGGGGGGGGGGGGGGGGGGGGGGGGGGGGGGGGGGGGGGGGGGGGGGGGGGGGGGGGGGGGGGGGGGGGGGGGGGGGGGGGGGGGGGGGGGGGGGGGGGGGGGGGGGGGGGGGGGGGGGGGGGGGGGGGGGGGGGGGGGGGGGGGGGGGGGGGUGGGGGGGGGGGGGGUGGGGGGGGGGGGGGGGGGGGGGGGGGGGGGGGGGGGGGGGGGGGGGGGGGGGGGGGGGGGGGGGGGGGGGGGGGGGGGGGGGGGGGGGGGGGGGGGGGGGGGGGGGGGGGGGGGGGGGGGGGGGGGGGGGGGGGGGGGGGGGGGGGGGGGGGGGGGGGGGGGGGGGGGGGGGGGGGGGGGGGGGGGGGGGGGGGAGGGGGGGGGGGGGGGGGGGGGGGGGGGGGGGGGGGGGGGGGGGGGGGGGGGGGGGGGGGGGGGGGGGGGGGGGGGGGGGGGGGGGGGGGGGGGGGGGGGGGGGGGGGGGGGGGGGGGGGGGGGGGGGGGGGGGGGGGGGGGGGGGGGGGGGGGGGGGGGGGGGGGGGGGGGGGGGGGGGGGGGGGGGGGGGGGGGGGGGGGGGGGGGGGGGGGGGGGGAGGGGGGGGGGGGGGGGGGGGGGGGGGGGGGGGGGGGGGGGGGGGGGGGGGGGGGGGGGGGGGGGGGGGGGGGGGGGGGGGGGGGGGGGGGGGGGGGGGGGGGGGGGGGGGGGGGGGGGGGGGGGGGGGGGGGGGGGGGGGGGGGGGGGGGGGGGGGGGGGGGGGGGGGGGGGGGGGGGGGGGGGGGGGGGGGGGGGGGGGGGGGGGGGGGGGGGGGGGGGGGGGGGGGGGGGGGGGGGGGGGGGGGGGGGGGGGGGGGGGGGGGGGGGGGGGGGGGGGGGGGGGGGGGGGGGGGGGGGGGGGGGGGGGGGGGGGGGGGGGGGGGGGGGGGGGGGGGGGGGGGGGGGGGGGGGGGGGGGGGGGGGGGGGGGGGGGGGGGGGGGGGGGGGGGGGGGGGGGGGGGGGGGGGGGGGGGGGGGGGGGGGGGGGGGGGGGGGGGGGGGGGGGGGGGGGGGGGGGGGGGGGGGGGGGGGGGGGGGGGGGGGGGGGGGGGGGGGGGGGGGGGGGGGGGGGGGGGGGGGGGGGGGGGGGGGGGGGGGGGGUGGGGGGGGGGGGGGGGGGGGGGGGGGGGGGGGGGGGGGGGGGGGGGGGGGGGGGGGGGGGGGGGGGGGGGGGGGGGGGGGGGGGGGGGGGGGGGGGGGGGGGGGGGGGGGGGGGGGGGGGGGGGGGGGGGGGGGGGGGGGGGGGGGGGGGGGGGGGGGGGGGGGGGGGGGGGGGGGGGGGGGGGGGGGGGGUGGGGGGGGGGGGGGGGGGGGGGGGGGGGGGGGGGGGGGGGGGGGGGGGGGGGGGGGGGGGGGGGGGGGGGGGGGGGGGGGGGGGGGGGGGGGGGGGGGGGGGGGGGGGGGGGGGGGGGGGGGGGGGGGGGGGGGGGGGGGGGGGGGGGGGGGGGGGGGGGGGGGGGGGGGGGGGGGGGGGGGGGGGGGGGGGGGGGGGGGGGGGGGGGGGGGGGGGGGGGGGGGGGGGGGGGGGGGGGGGGGGGGGGGGGGGGGGGGGGGGGGGGGGGGGGGGGGGGGGGGGGGGGGGGGGGGGGGGGGGGGGGGGGGGGGGGGGGGGGGGGGGGGGGGGGGGGGGGGGGGGGGGGGGGGGGGGGGGGGGGGGGGGGGGGGGGGGGGGGGGGGGGGGGGGGGGGGGGGGGGGGUGUGGGGGGGGGGGGGGGGGGGGGGGGGGGGGGGGGGGGGGGGGGGGGGGGGGGGGGGGGGGGGGGGGGGGGGGGGGGGGGGGGGGGGGGGGGGGGGGGGGGGGGGGGGGGGGGGGGGGGGGGGGGGGGGGGGGGGGGGGGGGGGGGGGGGGGGGGGGGGGGGGGGGGGGGGGGGGGGGGGGGGGGGGGGGGGGGGGGGGGGGGGGGGGGGGGGGGGGGGGGGGGGGGGGGGGGGGGGGGGGGGGGGGGGGGGGGGGGGGGGGGGGGGGGGGGGGGGGGGGGGGGGGGGGGGGGGGGGGGGGGGGGGGGGGGGGGGGGGGGGGGGGGGGGGGGGGGGGGGGGGGGGGGGGGGGGGGGGGGGGGGGGGGGGGGGGGGGGGGGGGGGGGGGGGGGGGGGGGGGGGGGGGGGGGGGGGGGGGGGGGGGGGGGGGGGGGGGGGGGGGGGGGGGGGGGGGGGGGGGGGGGGGGGGGGGGGGGGGGGGGGGGGGGGGGGGGGGGGGGGGGGGGGGGGGGGGGGGGGGGGGGGGGGGGGGGUGGGGGGGGGGGGGGGGGGGGGGGGGGGGGGGGGGGGGGGGGGGGGGGGGGGGGGGGGGGGGGGGGGGGGGGGGGGGGGGGGGGGGGGGGGGGGGGGGGGGGGGGGGGGGGGGGGGGGGGGGGGGGGGGGGGGGGGGGGGGGGGGGGGGGGGGGGGGGGGGGGGGGGGGGGGGGGGGGGGGGGGGGGGGGGGGGGGGGGGGGGGGGGGGGGGGGGGGGGGGGGGGGGGGGGGGGGGGGGGGGGGGGGGGGGGGGGGGGGGGGGGGGGGGGGGGGGGGGGGGGGGGGGGGGGGGGGGGGGGGGGGGGGGGGGGGGGGGGGGGGGGGGGGGGGGGGGGGGGGGGGGGGGGGGGGGGGGGGGGGGGGGGGGGGGGGGGGGGGGGGGGGGGGGGGGGGGGGGGGGGGGGGGGGGGGGGGGGGGGGGGGGGGGGGGGGGGGGGGGGGGGGGGGGGGGGGGGGGGGGGGGGGGGGGGGGGGGGGGGGGGGGGGGGGGGGGGGGGGGGGGGGGGGGGGGGGGGGGGGGGGGGGGGGGGGGGGGGGGGGGGGGGGGGGGGGGGGGGGGGGGGGGGGGGGGGGGGGGGGGGGGGGGGGGGGGGGGGGGGGGGGGGGGGGGGGGGGGGGGGGGGGGGGGGGGGGGGGGGGGGGGGGGGGGGGGGGGGGGGGGGGGGGGGGGGGGGGGGGGGGGGGGGGGGGGGGGGGGGGGGGGGGGGGGGGGGGGGGGGGGGGGGGGGGGGGGGGGGGGGGGGGGGGGGGGGGUGGGGGGGGGGGGGGGGGGGGGGGGGGGGGGGGGGGGGGGGGGGGGGGGGGGGGGGGGGGGGGGGGGGGGGGGGGGGGGGGGGGGGGGGGGGGGGGGGGGGGGGGGGGGGGGGGGGGGGGGGGGGGGGGGGGGGGGGGGGGGGGGGGGAGGGGGGGGGGGGGGGGGGGGGGGGGGGGGGGGGGGGGGGGGGGGGGGGGGGGGGGGGGGGGGGGGGGGGGGGGGGGGGGGGGGGGGGGGGGGGGGGGGGGGGGGGGGGGGGGGGGGGGGGGGGGGGGGGGGGGGGGGGGGGGGGGGGGGGGGGGGGGGGGGGGGGGGGGGGGGGGGGGGGGGGGGGGGGGGGGGGGGGGGGGGGGGGGGGGGGGGGGGGGGGGGGGGGGGGGGGGGGGGGGGGGGGGGGGGGGGGGGGGGGGGGGGGGGGGGGGGGGGGGGGGGGGGGGGGGGGGGGGGGGGGGGGGGGGGGGGGGGGGGGGGGGGGGGGGGGGGGGGGGGGGGGGGGGGGGGGGGGUGGGGGGGGGGGGGAGGGGGGGGGGGGGGGGGGGGGGGGGGGGGGGGGGGGGGGGGGGGGGGGGGGGGGGGGGGGGGGGGGGGGGGGGGGGGGGGGG